GGUGGGUGCAAGGAACGGGGCUGGAGGUCUGCUCGGUGCUCAGCGCUGCAGUGGCCUCGGAGCUGAGUGGGUUCCCUCUGCGGUGGGAAGCACACCUCUCCGGUGGGACUGGGGAGCAGGCUGCAACGCCCGACCAACACAGAGUGUCUGUGUGUGUGCACGGGGGGGUCUGGCCAUCCAGAGCUGGGGACGGCUCUCGCUGCCCAGGAUGUGCGAUGCUUGAGCUGCGUGGUUCAAGGAAGGCACUACCAGGAGGCUGGAAGGGGUCUCUGAGAGCCAGCUGUUUCCUUCAUCUGUAACCUGAUUGACAAGGCUGUCGUGUUAUGACGACCCCCAACAAAGGAAACAAGGCCUUGAAGGUGAAGCGGGAGCCAGGCGAGAAUGGGACCAGCUUGACAGAUGAGGAGCUGGUGACCAUGUCUGUGCGGGAGCUGAACCAGCAUCUACGGGGCCUGUCGAAGGAGGAGAUCAUCCAGCUGAAGCAGCGUCGGCGCACGCUGAAGAACCGGGGCUACGCGGCCAGCUGCAGAGUCAAGCGUGUUACCCAGAAGGAGGAACUGGAGAAGCAGAAGGCAGAGCUGCAGCAGGAAGUGGAGAAGCUGGCCUCCGAGAACGCCAGCAUGAAAAUGGAACUCGAUGCUCUCCGCUCCAAAUACGAGGCUCUCCAGAACUUCGCCAGAACCGUGGCCCGGAGCCCCGUGACCCCUGCGCGGGGGCCUCUCACCUCCAGUAUGGGGCCCCUCGUCCCUGGCAAGGUGUCCCUCUGUGCCCUAACAGUGGGUUUCCUUCAGACGUCCGUUGCGUUAGCCGUGUAAACCAGCAGUGGUGGAAAGGAAGAUGCUGUCGUGCCCUGCUGCCUCUGCCCCAGCGAUGGGGAAGGAGCUGGGACAGGGCCCUUGCGGGGGCCCAGCACCCCAGGGGAAGGAGGGAAGGUACCGUGUUGACUGCAGGCCGGUUUUGUGCCUAAUGUGUUGCACUGAACAAGACCAAAAUCACUAGUUGUUCCCGUGUUUUGAGGGUAUCAAGUGUCUCUAGUGUGAUGGUUUACACAACCAGUUUAUGUGGUUAAAUAGCCCUUUAUUUAAAGAGAGAAACAUCGUUUUAAGAGUUAUUAAAUUAUCUAAGUUUAAAAUUAAAAUCAGACAGAAGAGAGAGCGUAUUUAUAGUCAGCUUUUUUUAUCUGAGAGGGCGAGAAUAUUUGACCAUAUGAAUGGCGAAAUAUUCUCGGAGACUUUGCUAGUUAAAAGUUAAUAAAUAAAUAAUUUUAAAGUUUCUCAUGAA